GUGGGUGCAACUCCUCCCAGACCCCGCUCGGAGCAGCCGAGCGCUCUUCCCCGGGGAGAAGGGAUCUUUCCUGCCGCGGCACAGCCGAAUUGUAACUUUCCGUGUGCCCACGGCGGCGCAGUGUUCCUAUGGCCCUUUAAAUUCGCCAAGUCAACAAGGGAAUGAGCUCUCGAAACUGCGUUCACGAGAGAGCUCUUCUGUUCCUUAAUCAAAGGAGCCAUCCAGCAUCCAGAUAAUGUCAUUCCACGGCGCUGAAAUAUCGGUUAAUUAGUUCAGGUUCCCUAAAGGACUGUAAAAUGGAGCCAAUAACUUUCAAAGUUAAAAAGUGUCAAACACCUAGUGAUUUCUCAGCAAGUUUCAGUCUCCAGCUCGUGGGUUCUCUCCCAGUGCAUUCCCUAACCACUAUGUCAAUGCUGCCUUGGAUUGUGGCCGAGAUCCAGUUGCUCAGUGCAAAGUCUUCCAAAGAAGAACCCAGCGUCAGCCAAAUUCGACUUUGUGUUUCACCAGCCAGUUUGCGAUGUGAGCCAGACACAGGGGAAACCCAGCAGUGGGAUCCUUUAAUUUGUUCAAGUUUAUUUGAAUACAAGCCACAGCAGGUCCACAAACUGAUUCACAAUAGCCACGAUCCAAGCUACUUUGCUUGUCUGAUAAAGGAUGAAGCAGCAAAUCAGCAAAGUAUCUGCUAUGUAUUUAAGGCUGAUGAUCAGACAAAAGUGCCUGAGAUUAUAAGCUCUAUUCGACAAGCUGGAAAAAUUGCCCGACAAGAAGAGUUUCAGAAUAAUCUCUCAGAUGUUGAAGAUCCUUUUGCCAAAAAGUUUGAGGUGCUCUUCUGUGGACGAGUAACAGUAGCACAUAAAAAUGCACCUCCAGCACUCAUAGAUGAAUGCAUUGAGAAAUUUAAUCGUGCAAGUUGUACAAAAAAUUCAGAUUUCAACUCAUCAUCCCAACAACAUGAAACUGCCAGUAACUUUGGAGGUUUCUCUUUCAGCAGCAAAUUGCGGUCUGUAUUCCAGCCCUUGGUCAAUGAACAGGAGGAAAAAAGGCCAAUUAGGAAAUCUUUUUCUCAACCUGGACUUCGUUCAUUUGCUUUUAAGAAGGAUUUCCAAGAGGGAAGCCUUAGGAGUAACAGCUUCGUCAGGUCUUUUGAAGAAGAUGCAAUUUCACUGAACCUAAAAAGUCAACUCAUCUACGGACACAGUGUUGUGCAGCCAACUGACAUUGCGGAAAACCGGACUAUGUUGUUUACGAUUGGCCAGUCUGAAGUUUACCUUAUCAGUCCUGACACAAAAAAAGUUGCAAUUGAGAAAAGCUUUAAAGAAAUAUCCUUUUGUUCUCAGGGAAUUAGACAUGUGGAUCACUUUGGGUUCAUCUGCAGAGAGUCUUCAGAAAAUGGAGGCUUCCACUUUGUUUGCUAUGUCUUUCAGUGUACAGAUGAAGCACUGGUUGAUGAAAUCAUGAUGACAUUGAAACAGGCUUUCACCGUGGCUGCUGUGCAGCAGACUUCCAAGGCACAGCCCCAGCUCUGUGAAGGGUGUCCUAUGCAAAGUUUGCAUAAACUCUGUGAAAAGAUAGAAGGUUUGCACCCUUCUAAGACUAAACUGGAACUACAAAAGCAUCUAACCACACUAAAUAACCAGGAACAGGCCGCUGUUUUUGAAGAGGUUCAGAAAUUAAGACCACGAAAUGAGCAGAAAGAGAAUGAGCUGGUUAUCUCUCUUUUGAGAAACAUGUAUGAAGAAAAACAGAAGGACCAUGUUCAUGUUGGAGAAGCAAAACAGGCUUCACAACCUUCUGCUGAGAAUGCUGUAAAUGAAGUGUCCAGCAGUGCUCCAAGAUUCAGAUUAGACAUGUUAAAGAACAAAGCAAAAAGGUCUCUUACAGAAUCUUUUGAAAGUAUUUUAUCACGUGGCAGUAAAGCCAGAGGUCCACUGGACAGGUCUGGUUCUGUGGAUUUGGACAGCUCUAUGUCCAGUACCUUAAGCAGCACAAAUAAAGAGCCACCAUUGUGUGAAAAGGAGAAAGACAGACUUCCUACACUUCCUGCAGAAAAUGCUGUCAAGACCAGUGGAUCACUGGAUGAUCUCUGCAGCGACACAGAGGAUUUCUCUCUGGAGCAGUCUGUUACAUUGCCCCAGCAGAGCUUUCGGAGGCGAGCAAACACACUCAGCCAUUUACCAACAGAGAACCAGGAAUCUCUGGGGCCUGUUGAAACAUCACCAUCUGUUCCUCAGAGGAAACUUAUGAGGUAUCACUCAGUGAGCACAGAGACUCCUCACAAACGAAAUGUGAAUGAAUCUGACGGCAAAUCUAAAAGUUCUUCUGGUCAACUUGCACGUUCUCCUACUCUAGCUCGUCUUAAUCCCUCGGCCUCUUCACCCAACUUUUUAAAAUAUCUAAGGCAUAAUUCAAGUGGAGAACCAAGUGGGCAUUUUGCACAAAAAAGCGUCUCCUACCGUACUGCCUUAAGGAAAAAGCUUCAUUCUUCCUCUUCUGUGCCAAAUUUCUUAAAAUUUCUGGCUCCUGUAGAUGAAAAUUACACCUCUGACUUUAGGAGCACAACAAGCAACUACGAGUCCCAGCACGGCCAGCAGGCCCUGGACACGGACAGCCCCGUGAGGACUCGGAGGCACUCAUGGAGGCAGCAGAUAUUCCUGCGAGUGGCCACCCCUCAGAAAGCCUGUGAUUCUCCCAGCAGAUACGAUGAUUACUGUGAAUUGGGAGAUCUUCCACCCAGAUCCCCAUUGGAACCAGUGUGUGAAGAUGGCCCCUUUGGGCCCGUGAAAGAAGAACGGAAACGAACACCCCAUGAGCUUCGUGAACUGUGGAAGAAAGCCAUUAUUCAGCAGAUACUGCUCCUCAGAAUGGAGAAAGAAAACCAGAAGUUACAAGCAUCUGAAAACAAUUUGCAGAACAGACGCCUGAAACUUGACUAUGAAGAAAUCACACCAUGCUUAAAAGAUGUAACUUUGAUUUGGGAAAAAAUGUUGAGUACACCUGGAAGGUCAAAGAUUAAAUUUGAUGUGGAAAAAAUACACUCUGCUGUUGGUCAAGGAGUACCACGUCACCACCGUGGGGAGAUCUGGAAGUUUCUAGCUGAGCAAUACCAUCUUAAACAUCAGUUUGCAAGUAAACAACAACCAAAGGAGACACCUUAUAAAGAACUCCUAAAACAACUAACUUCCCAACAGCAUGCAAUUCUUAUUGACCUAGGGCGCACAUUUCCAACGCAUCCGUAUUUCUCAGCACAGCUGGGAGCUGGGCAGCUGUCACUCUACAACAUUUUGAAGGCCUAUUCACUUCUGGACCAGGAAGUAGGAUAUUGCCAGGGCCUUAGUUUUGUAGCAGGAGUUCUACUACUUCAUAUGAGUGAAGAAGAUGCUUUUAAAAUGCUGAAGUUUCUUAUGUUUGACAUGGGCCUGAGAAAACAAUAUCGUCCUGACAUGACAAUUUUGCAGAUCCAGAUGUACCAAUUGUCUCGACUUCUUCAUGACUACCAUCGAGAUCUCUAUAACCAUCUAGAGGCCCAUGAGAUUGGCCCCAGCCUCUAUGCUGCUCCCUGGUUUCUCACCAUGUUUGCCUCCCAGUUUCCCCUUGGAUUUGUGUCCAGAGUAUUUGAUAUGCUCUUUCUUCAAGGAUCAGAGGCUAUAUUUAAAGUGGCUUUAAGCCUUUUGGGAAGCCACAAGCCCCUGAUUCUGCAGCAUGAGAAUCUAGAAACUAUUGUUGAUUUUAUUAAAAGCACUCUCCCCAACUUGGGUUUGGUACAGAUGGAAAAGACCAUUAGUCAGGUAUUUGAAAUGGAUAUUGCCAAACAGUUGCAAGCUUAUGAAGUUGAAUAUCAUGUGCUUCAGGAUGAGCUUAUAGAUUCAUCUUUAAAUGACAAUCAGAGACUGGAUAAAUUAGAGAAGGCAAACAGCAGCUUGCGCAAACAAAACUUUGAUCUCCUGGAAGAACUGCAGGUGGCUAAUGGAAAAAUCCAAAACCUUGAAGCUACAGUAGAGGUUUUACUGGCCAAUGAAAGCAAACUGAAGCAGUCCAUUCUCACACUUGAGCAGGAGCGAGCAGCUCUGCUGAAAGCUGUGGAAGAGAUGCAAAAAAAGAUGGGUGAUACAGAUGGGAAGCCUCUUCUUACUAGACAAGAACUGGAUGCUGACUGACCUGCACAGUAGUAAGGGAGCAGAGAAGCUGAGCAAGAAACAAAGGGAGGAACCGAGUCAUUUUGUCAUGAUCCGUGGGGAUUUGACGUUGUUGUGUUCAUUGAACACACCUUACUGUGGCAAAGCAAGAUAUGGGCAUGGUGGCUUUCCAUAUCAGAGAAGCUGGUUUC